AUGCUGCUUUCCAACCCAGAACACAUCAUCGCUAUCUUCAAGGCCACGAAGCAAGCUGGUGCAAAGCCGGCAACCAGUAUGGCACUUCGCAGAGCAUUCGGUGCCUCAGUAAAAGCAGCCAAAUACUGGGACGCGGAUGACUCGGGUAUCGCGGUUCAACCGCGCAAGGCCAUCUACAAGGCUCCAAACGAGCGUCUCAUUCUGGCCCUCGAAAAGCAGCUCAAUGCUGAGGGUAUCCAGGAACAACGGACACAUUACCCAGACUUGUACGCCUUCGUUCAAUCAGUAGUAGGCCGGUCCGCUACAAAGACCCUAAUGGGCCCAUAUCUACUGGAGCUAAGUCCAGACAUUUUGGAUGACUUCCAGAUUUACGACAAAAAUUUACUCAAGUUCCUCUUUGGUUGGCCGCGCUGCUUGGCGCGUGGCGCCUAUCAGGCGCGAGAUCGACUUCUGAUGGCAGUGGAGAAGUGGCAUACCAAGGCACACAAGAAAGCCAGUGAGAAUGUUGAUAAAAUUGCGCCCGAGGAUCCGGAGUUCGACGCGUAUUUCGGUUUCAAAUUGAUCAGAGCAAGACAGAGUGCGAUGAUGAAGAUGGGCGUUUUAGAUGACCGCGACAGAGCCACUCCAGACUUAGGCUUGAUGUUUGCCUUGGAGAAUGAACCAUUCCUGUGGGCGAGACACUCUAUUUUCAAUCGCAAGGCCGCUUUCAUCGAUGAGGCCUGGAACGCUAUGGGCCAUAGUCCGGGAAAACCACUGGCUAUCUUCGACGCGGAACGUUUCCUUGUCGCCCAGGAUAUUAACGCCACAACUCAACGUGACGAGCCAACAUUCUCGCUAGAGGGCCUAGCUGGAUGCUGGCUGCCCUUCCGAGGGGGCCAACGUAUGUGUUCAGGGCGGCAUUUCACAAAGUCCCGGAUGCUGGGAACAUUUGCUAUGCUUUUUACCAGAUACGAGCUGGAGCUAGCUCCCGGUGUUGGUGAUGUCAAACCGGAUCUGAAAUGGUAUCCAACAGGGACAUUACCGCCAUCAGACAAAGUUCUAUUUCGGAUCCGUAUGAAGGUCGGUGUUCAAAUCUAG